GAGCUUACACAAGGAUGUAUCGAUAAGGGCUUGUGGGGCUGAGACGGGCAGGGGCGUUGAGGGGGUGAGCAAAGCGGCAGACAAGUUGCGCAAGUGAAAGCUGUGCGCGAAAGCCUAGCCGCAAAAACGGUUACGUUAGUUUUCUUCAACGGAUAGUCUAGCAAUACCGGCGGUAUUCCGGACAAGAGAACCAUUUUCGGCGAGCGGAGGAAAACGGGAUAUUUGGGGGCACUGGCGGCGUCGCACGCCGACGCCACCGAGGAGCCACUAGGGGUGGACGAUGGAGGACUCAGCGGACAGACAAGCAGCCGGUGACAGUGGCGUUGUUGCUAAAGAUGUCGGUGCUGCAGCAGGCACUGCUAACGGAGCAAGGACGACGACGACGACAAGUAGCUGCAGCAGCAGCCUGAAGCUUAUGGUAUCGGUGGCGGAGGAGACAGCUCCGACACCCGCCCCCGCCGCCGGCUGUUUUCUCCCGCGGACGGUCACCCAGCACCAAAGCAGUAACGCUGCUGGGCAUACUGGGAGAAGAGGGACGGGAGGGACUUGGCACGAAGUUGCGGAACCGCUUUAUGAUUCCGCUACUGGCGGUGUUGAUUCAACUGGUGAUGACGGCGGCCGUGUUGCCGCCGUGCGAGAGAGAUCGAAGGUGAGACUAUACGUACGCAACCGUCUUUUGUGCUGUGGCAAUUGGCUCGCGAAGUAUACAAGGCACGCGCCCAUGAAGGUGGCAUCGUCGUUUGUGAUGGGACCGAUCUCGCGCUUCACGGCCUUGUAUUUCGAUGAAGAGAUCGACCCAGGAGCCGCAGACAGCAGCAGUGGUGGUGAUGACGAACACGCUUCUUUUUCGGGCCUCAGCAGUGGUGGACGUAGAGGAAUCGCCGAUGCCGCCGGCAAUGAAAGUGAAACCGUCUCGCCGCCUGUCUUUGGAGGGGGGCCCGCAGAUGGCCGAGGAAGGGAUUUGUGUUCCGGUUCGGGAACGGGUACGCCGAAAAGUGACCCAUUGAGCCGCUGUGAGCUACCGCCAUCUCGGCAUCACCACAAGCGGGCACGUUUGCAGCGGCGAAUAGAUUGCCAGGCCGAUCUGCUGGAGGUUGUGAAGGCUACCCGGCAGGCUGUGGGCGAGCAGAGGGAGGCGGAUCAGGAGGCACUCGCCGGGGUUGAGCCUGCGUGCUUCAUGAACGCCAAGGGCACCCCGAAGACGCCGAAAAAGGAGAAGAAGCCUCCUUUGGUGAUCGACCUCCUCCCCACCUGCUGGAGAAUACGGACGAUCUCUACGGAGAGGCUACGGCACGGGGACGGCCACAAGAAGACUGGCAACCUGCAGUACUGUUUUUCCUCAAGACAGAUCAUGCUGGAUCUUGACAACGGCCGGUUUCCUCUAGCACUCAUGUGGGCGCUUCCGGAGGUGAUGCAAGAGGCAGGGACCGUUAUCGCAGAGAUCCACGACCUUCGAGGUAAUGCCUUGGACGCAGGAAACCCUUCUGUAGGCACGACGCUGCUGCAGCCUUUUGGCGAGGGUAUCUGUCCCAAGGGCACGCACCACCCGCCGGGGCUCGGGCAGGGUCCCGGGCAGGGGGAGCGGUUCGCGAGCGACGGCAGUUACAUCACCAGCGGCGCGAACACCGCUGCUGGCACGAGCCGAGGCAGGAGCCGGAGCGGAAGCAACAGCUGCGCGGCGAAUGGUACAGCCGAUGCUGCUGAUGUUGUCGAUGCUCGGAAUUCGUCUGAGGGCUCUGUGCACCAGCCACAGCAGCUUGGUCGCGGUGACAGCCCUAACCGUGGUCAGGACGGUUCUUCGGACCGUUCUUCGGAUCGCCGCUUGACCAUCAUCGUCCCGGGGGACAAGGUGGGGCUACGACCACUGCCGCAGCCGCCGCUGCAGACAACACCGGGCAGCGGUCAUCACCUGUUUCCGGAAAAGAAGAGCCCGAAAAGCGUCUCCGCUGUUUUUAGCGCGGCAUCGAUCGCCACUAGCGCCCCGAUACGAUCACCAACACCGCCUCUCCUGCUGCUGUCGCCGGGGAGCGUCGAGGAAAAGCCCGGGGUGGGGUCCGGUUUGGGUUAUUCCGCCGCCGACGGGGAUGCUGGGGAACUAUCAUCGGUUCGGGUUGCGCCGCGUCCUCCACCAGGGUCCGUGACGCUCGUUAAGCCUCGCGUGAAGCGCGUCAGGCUCAAGGUAAGCCGAGGCGUGUGGAUGGCAUCGGUAUGGGAAUCCGUGGUGGAAGCAGCUAGGCGGGCGGAGUCUGCUAAGGGUGCUGCUGCCGCUGCUGCACGUGGCGAUGAUGGCACGCACGGGAAAGGUGAAGGGGCAGGGCCGGGGGACGGCGGCAGCAGCGGAGCGGACGCAAGCAAUGGCAAGGGGAAACGGCCAAAGGCGGUGGUAGGAGGCAAGACCAUCGGGGUCAAGCACCUGGCAGCAGGGGGCGGAAAGCAGCCCACGGGCAAGACUGUUGCUGCAGCUGCCGCCGCUGCCGCGUCACCCCUGGCUGACAAGCUUUCGGGGCAAGGCAACAACGGCAACAACCCGUGGGCAACGUGCACGGCAAUAGAGGAUGGCAAGGUUGCCGGAGGGGUCGUGGAGAGCACCCCCGCGGCGGCAGCGCAAGCGAUAUUCGGGAGGGGGCCCGCGACGGACGUAGCUCUGGGCGCGGAAGCUCUUAUCCUGCAGGCUUUGGUGCCUUCUACAGACCUUUGUCUGGAACCCAGCGUGGACGUGUCUAGGCUGGCAGCCAUGGUCCGGGGGGAGGGCGGCGGAGGAAACUUGACGUUCCGCUUCGAGAGACGCCACUACCGUCUGCUCGAAACCCUUGCCCUGCCGGGGGUUGAAGAUGCGCCGUCCCAAGCCGCGUCUGCGUCUGGAGGAGCGUCCCCGUCUUCUCGCCCGACGGCCGCCCCCGCUUCCGCCGGUCGAAGCAGUGCUACCGGCGACCGUGCGGCGAAAUCCCCGGGAGCAAGCGGCCGGAGCGGAGUGACGAACCACCCCGACGAAACACAUGCCAACGGUCAUACCAGCAACCCCAACGGCACGAUGAGGAUGAACACCCCGGAGGCGUCGGCUAGGAGCGGGGACGGAGGCUGGGGUGGUGGGCUGGGCCUACCUGACAGAUCGCAAUCGUCGAUCGCGGCAACGGGUGGGGUAGGCGCCGCGUCUACGGCGGGUGUUGGGCGCGGCGGCGGCAGCGGGGCGAGGAGGAUGAAAGGCGGCGGCAGCGUCUUGCUCUGCGCCCCGCGGCAGCAGGUCUCGCAGGGUGGCCUGGAGUCGGCUGUUGCCGCCGCCGCCGGUGUUGGUGCAGCCCGCAGCGGUGUGCGUUCUGCUGCUGAGCUGGCGGUCUCCGCCGUCCGGGGGUGGGAGAAAGGGCUAAACGCUUCUACUGCGGCUGCGGCGGCUUCUGCGGCCUCGUCUGCGUCGAAGAAAGCAGUGUCCCCGCGAACCUCGCAAGCCUUGAACAACUUGGUGGCGACAGAUAAGAAUGGCAAGGAAAAGAGCGACGAGGCCAAGAGGAAGGCGAAGAAGCAGCAACCCAAAGGCAAGCUGGAAGGAACAGACGCCUCUUUUGGUUAUGGCGUCUGCCACCCAGCAUGGGGCCGCAUCAACCCCUCCACGUGCCGAUGGCGUAGCCCCCCCGUUGAGUCCUCAACGUUGCACGUUUAUCCUAUCCCACUUGACGCGCUGAAACCAUCCUUCACAGAAGGGCCCGGUCAUGCCAAAAGAAUGAUCGCGGACGGAUCGACAGCGGCCUUGAGCACCAAAUCGGCGGAGGCGUUGAUCAACGACGGUAUGAAGGGGCUAGUCGUCCAUCGGACGCCACAGGCACAGCGGGAGGACGACGACGGGAAGAAGCAAACCAAGAAGAAACUGGCGGCGGCGGCGGCAGCGGCGGCGUCGCCGACAAUGACAACGGUGAAGCGAAAGACGAGCGUCAAGAGCAAGAAGAGGCUGGAGGAGGAGAGGGCCGUCGCGUUUCGAACGGUUCACCGGACGCUGCUGUCCCCGGUUACGCACUUGUCGCCGGCGAACGGAGGCCGGCCGCACGAUCCCGCCGUCUUCACAAAGUUCGCCAAGCCCGCCGUGGAGAAGGCGAAAGCCAUCGAUCGCAACAACUGGAACACCCUGGCGCAAGAGCUGGCGAGAGGCUCGGAUGACGCAGCGGCCGCCGCUCACGACGGCAAGCAGACGGGCCGGCUAACGGUCGCGGCAACGGAGGAGAGGCUGAGACGGGGCCUUCAGCCGGCCUACCUCGCUGGCGAACAGCAGCAGCAACGACAGCAGCAUCGAAAACAACAGCACCAGCAGGAUCCCUUGGUGACGGGUCGCGAGGUCCAUGAUGGCGAUGCGAAGGCGAUCAAGACCAGCCCUGAUGCGAUGAUAACCCUGAGGGUUUCGACCGCCAGCCCCAGCAAUGACCAGCUACCGCGGCCGCCGGUGCCAUCGCCAAGCCACCAGCAAGAGCCCCAACGACUUCCGCUGCAUCGACAGCAGUGUGGCUCUAACGAUGGUCAGUCUCCCCUCCUGCAAACCUCAAUAGAACUUCCUCAAGAGGGGUUCUAUCAGAUCGGAGGCGGUUCUGGUUGCAACCUGGGGCAGCACAUCGCCAGUCGCAACCCCGCCAGCCCGAUCGCGGCCUCCUCCAGGCCAGCCGAAACAGCAAGAGCAACCGCCAUGCUCGGAGCGGGAGCGGCGGAGGCGACGCGGACGUCACCGUCACCUUUAGCGCCCGUACCGGAACAACAAGGUGUUGCGGAUGCGAUGGUGCUCGAUCACGGCGGGCAAGUCACGUCUUGCUCUCACCCGUCCUCGCCCUCGUUUCCACUUAGCCGUAGCACCAGUGGUAGUAGCGGGUCCGGCCCGUUUCCCGGCCGCCGGAGAUCGCAGAUUCAGGUGCAGCAGCAGCAGCAGCAGCAACAGCAGCAGCAACAGCAGCAGCAGCAACAGCAGCAGCAGCAGCAGCAGCAGCAACAGCAGCAGCAGCAGCAGCAGCAGCAGCAGCAGACGCAGAAGACGCAGGAAGAUUUUUCUGCAGCUUCGCUUGGCAUGCUCUAUUCUUCUUCUGCUUCUUCCCCAUCGUGGGACUGUUCGUUUCCCGCACCACUCCCACCGAUUUCCACAACAGGACGCCAGCGAUCUCCAUCUUUCGGUGGGUUAACCCCGCAGCUCCAACAGCAGCAGCAGCGGACGGUGGUGACGCCUGAUCGCACGGCGGUUGCAACUCCCCCAGGCGUGGGUGUGGGUGUUGGAGUUUCGCGUGCUUCGCGGCAGCAGAGGUUAUCCCCCGGGGCUUUCUCGCAACAGCAGCAGCAACAACAACUGUCUGGGGUGACGAGCGAAGACGUGCGGGAAGCAAGAAGCUGCAGCAGUGACGCCGUGGAGCGCUCGCCGAACUGUACUCGCCUUUCUCGUCAGGCGUCGCUGCCGGCUGGGCUCGGCGCCGUGGGGUCGGGUGCCAUCCCACACUCCUUCCCCCUCGAGGCGGCUCUUUGCGACAGCACCGACCUUAGCAGCACCGGGGGCGACAGCAGUUCCGCCACUUUUGUCAUGCCUGACGCUGCUGCCUCGGGCCAAGGGGGCUGGGGAGGGUCAUGGGACAUGGCGGCCGCAGCGGUGGUAUCUACAGGCGGCUCUUUGCGACAGCACCGACCUUAGCAGCACCGGGGGCGACAGCAGUUCCGCCACUUUUGUCAUGCCUGACGCUGCUGCCUCGGGCCAAGGGGGCUGGGGAGGGUCAUGGGACAUGGCGGCCGCAGCGGUGGUAUCUACAGGUACGGGAGGAGGGGGCGGGGUGAUGGGAGGCACCGCCAGUGGUUCCCGCGAGGCGCAUACUCUGCGGCAGCAACAACAACGGAGGCAAUUGCAACGGCAGCAGCAGCUGCAACGGCAGCAGCAGCUGCAACAGCACCACCAGCAACAACUGCACCAGCACCAGCACCGG